UGCUGUUAGAGGCUAGUGCAGGCCUGGAUCUCGCGCAGGAUUUUGAUGAGUUAGCGUAUGCGUGUAACGAAUUAACUUUUGUUUUUAAUUCAAUUUUUAGUUUUGUAUUAAUAAAUGAUUAAAAUUUUCUUCGCGAAACUAUGCCAUAAAUUAUUAUUUUUUGAUACAAUUAUAUGUUUGCUUCUUGGUCUUUUACUUUAUCUUUUUCCAAAAUUUGUCGGUGACUUUGUUUUGCAACGUUCCACCGAUGGAGUUCACUGGCAUUUAUUAAGGUGCGUUGGUGGUCACCUCUUAGCUUCAACGUUCUUCAGCCGAAGUUCAGGUUCAACUCAUUCUACAUCUUUAAUUAGAUCAGCAUGUAUCGUAAUGCGCCUUCUCUCUGGUGUGUUAUGCUCCUUCAUUUUUCUCCACACACUAUCUGUACAUCCAAACCUUGUUCAUCCAGUGCUGAUUCGAACUUUAAUUUCGCUCAGUCUUGGGUGUGCCUUACUCUACAUUAUAUUAUUGCUAGUUUCUGGUUGGCCAGUAGAAAGUGAUCAAUUAAAACCGUUUGAAUGCUCAGAAAGGACAGUUAUUCAUGGCAUUCAUGGUGCACUUUACCAACUAGACACAAUUGCUGCUGUUUCAAUAGGACUUGCGUGGAUUUCCUCACCACAAUGGCUCUUAAACAGACAGGUUAGUCUAACUUUGGAUGCCAGUCAUGAAUUAUGCGGCCGCCUAAUGGGAUUAUUCUUUGUUUGUUCACAUAUGCAUAUAAGAAGCCAUUCUGAUUUGGCAAUUGCAGCAGAAACUAGGGCAGUACUUUGUAUUUUUAUUUUGUCUGCUCAAAUUUGGUCUCAGAUUGCUUACACAAAGGACUGGUCAGGGAAGCAUUGGAUUGGCAUCUCCCUCUUCUCUACAUGGACUGUGAUUGCAGUUAUAUAUCGUUUAUAUCUUUGGACAUUCAUAAAGUCUCCACCUUACCAAACGAAGGACAGAGAUUUACGUGAUGUUACUAAAAAACAAAUAUAA